UCUUAUACCCCGCCUAGCAAUGAAUUCAAGAUCGGCAUGAAGUUAGAAGCCCAAGAUCCCAGAAACACCACGUCAACUUGUAUCGCCACUGUGGUGGGGCUGACAGGUGCCCGUCUCCGAUUACGCCUUGAUGGCAGCGACAACAAGAAUGACUUCUGGCGUCUGGUAGAUUCUGCAGAAAUCCAGCCCAUUGGCAACUGUGAAAAAAAUGGCGGGAUGCUCCAGCCUCCUUUAGGUUUUCGUCUGAAUGCUUCCUCUUGGCCUAUGUUUCUUCUGAAGACUCUGAAUGGAGCAGAAAUGGCUCCCAUUCGAAUUUUCCAUAAGGAGCCACCGUCUCCAUCCCAGAAUUUCUUUAAGAUGGGAAUGAAACUUGAGGCUGUAGACAGGAAGAACCCGCAUUUCAUCUGCCCAGCCACCAUUGGUGAGGUACGGGGUUCUGAAGUCCUUAUCACUUUUGAUGGCUGGAGGGGAGCCUUUGAUUACUGGUGCCGCUAUGAUUCUCGUGACAUCUUUCCUGUUGGCUGGUGCUCAUUGACUGGUGACAAUUUACAGCCCCCUGGAACAAAAGUAGUCAUUCCAAAGACCCCAUUCCCUGCCCCUGAUGUGAUUUCUGAAAAAAGCACCAUACACAACAGCACAAAGAGUAUCCUGGAACAUCUGCCUGGACAAAGAGGACGCAAACCUGGUCGUAAAAGAGGCCGGACACCCAAGGUGCUGACCAGCCAUCCCAACCCCAACCUUUCCAAGGCAGUGGAGCCUUUAAAAUUCCCCAAAAAGAGGGGGCCAAAGCCUGGUGGAAAGAGAAAGCCGCGAACGUUACUAAACCCAGCACCCACUUCCCCUACAACUAGCACUCCUGAGCCUGACACAAGUACGGUACCACAAGAUGCAGCUACUAUUCCCAGUUCUGCUAUGCAGGCCCCUACAGUUUGCAUCUACUUGAAUAAAAACUGUAGCCCUGGCCCUCAUCUGGACAAAAAGAAAAUCCAGCAAUUGCCUGACCAUUUUGGUCCAGCUCGAGCGUCCGUAGUCCUGCAGCAAGCAGUCCAAGCUUGCAUUGACUGUGCUUACCACCAGAAAACUGUCUUCUCAUUUCUUAAGCAAGGCCAUGGAGGAGAGAUUAUUUCAGCUGUGUUUGAUCAUGAGCAGCACACUCUAAACUUACCAGCAGUGAAUAGCAUUACUUACGUCCUCCGUUUCCUUGAGAAACUGUGCCACAACCUGCGAAGUGACAACCUCUUUGGGAACCAGCCCUUCACUCAGCACCACAUGCAUCAUUCCAGAGAAUAUGACCAUGACAAAUACCUGCCAGACAGGAGCAUUUCGUUACACGGCUCUCUGCAGGGACCAGCCCGGGGUACAAAGAGGUAUUCCCAAGAUUUCCCUCCAUAUAGCGCUCCUCUGUCCCCCAAGUUACCAAAGAAUGACCAUCACCCUUUGGAAGGUGAAACCUUUGUCUUGAAUGACAGUCUCCCUGCUCCUCUGGAGCCUCGCUUGGACCCGAUCGACUCAGCCUUGAAUGCCGUUAGCGUGUCUAGCCCCAUCCGGAACUCAAGGGACUUCCGACUGCAGGGAUACCGACACCUUCAUCAGCCGUCCAGCCUCACUCAGUGCAGCGCUACUGCUGGGCAUAGACUGGGUGCUGGGGGCUCUGACAGAUACCUGAGUUCUCGAGACACUUCACGGUCGGGCACCCGGGAUCCCUCGGCCUGGACAGUAGAAGAUGUCAUGCAGUUUGUAAGAGACGCUGACCCCCAGCUGGGACCCCAUGCAGAUCUCUUCCGGAAACACGAGAUUGAUGGCAAGGCCUUACUCUUGUUGCGUAAUGACAUGAUGAUGAAGUACAUGGGCUUGAAACUGGGGCCGGCGCUGAAACUCACCUACCACAUUGAUAAGUUGAAACAGGGCAAGUUCUGAAAAAGACUCCUCUUGG